AUGAUCAAAAGCAGAGAAAUAACGUUAUCGGUGAUUUGGAUUUUAACGACACCAGUUGUGUCAAAUGGAAGUGCUCCAGUCGGUUUCUUUAAAUGGCAAGAUCCUGAAAAUAGUCGUACCGAUCUAUUUUGUCCAACAUCUUGUAAGCAUGACUUUUGUGAUUUAACGAAUAUCCUCUUGGAAGAAGAAGAGAUGAACAGGAUGUGUCGGUGUAAAGCAGUACCUCUUUGGGAAAUUAAUAAUGAACUAGAAUAUGUUUAUUUGGAAUACAGCAGCCGUGUUGGACGAGGUUGGGUUGUAUCCUCGGAGGAUAGCCGAGGGGCGAAACCACAAAGCCUCACUCACAAAAAUGAAUUCCUUACCUCCCUUCCUGAAAAUAUUUGUUCUUUUCACCACUUGGUCAAGGUUGAUUUUUCUGACAACGAAUUGACGGAUAUCAGAGGCAUAAACUGCCUGACUUACUUGGAUACCUUAAUACUUAAAGGAAACAAAUUAAAAACAAUCCACAAUGAAACUUUUCAUGGAAUGACUAAUCUACGUGUAUUGGAUCUCUCACUUAAUGAAGUAAAAAGGAUCGAACCAUACACAUUAUCUGGUUCUACUCUUGGAUUGUAUCUCGUUGAUGUGAGUCACAACAAACUUAAAAGUCUUGACGUUACAAACUUUGCAAUUAAACAACCUUUUUGUCAAAUAAAUUAUAAUGACAAUCAAAUUGAAGAAAUCACAAAUGAACUUUCCAUUCAGGUGAAUUUGGAGACUACUUUUGGUGACGGAGGAUUUGUCAAUUUGCAAAGAAACAUGUUUACCAAGUUCCUGAAUUUCACCAAGCUUGGUGUUUCAGAUUUAACACAGCUAGGAAAAGUAUUCAACUUUGGUUUUGAUUUAAGAGGAUGUAAAUUAACAUGUGACGCUACAUUGGUGCCUUUUCUUAAAUUAUCAAAAGAAAUCAUUGAGAAAAUGUGGAGAAAUUAUUUCGAUGUGAAAUGUUUCCAACCUCCCGAGCUUGCAAACCAAUCGAUCGCCUGGCUUACAAAAGAAGGACAGCUUGAUAGAUUUAUAACCAAUGUAACAGAAAACUGUCCAACGGGGUGUCAUUGCUACCAGCAACCUAGCCAAGAUCGAACUGUUGUCAACUGUACCAAUAAAAACAUGACACAACUACCAAAAAAGAUUCCGCAUGAUCAAAACAUAACAUUAAUUCUUAAAGGAAAUCAAAUAUCACAGAUUAAAAAUAUGUCUUAUCUGGAGCGCGUCUCUUACUUGGAUAUAUCAGAAAAUAAUGUACAAAACAUCCCCGAGUCUGUUGCAAACACGCUUGUAUUAAAUGAAAUUAAACUAAACCUCAAUGGAAAUAAAUUACAAAAAAUACCUUCUCGUUUUAAAACCAGGGACCCCUGUGAUCUGAAUAUAGGUAAGUUAAACAUGACCUGCGACUGUAGCAAUGACUGGAUGGAUGAUUGGUUGGGUGGAGGAUGUCAUAACAAUUCUGCAGAAUUGACAGACAUAUACUGUGUUGCCCCGUCCUAUAGCAUUCCAGAUUCGGAGUUUGAUUUCACAAACUGUGAAGAACACUUUGAUUUUAAAAGUUUAUCAAUUGGAAUAGCAAUACUACUUCUCCUUCUGAGCGGAAUCCUAGCCAUAUUUUAUUACUUUCGUUAUGAAAUUUUCCUUCUUCGGAAACGCUUACGACAAGCUAGAAAACACAGUGGACAAUAUAAGUACGACAUAUACAUAUCUGUUCGUGAAAAUAAUGGCCAACUUCUAAUGUGGAUACAAAGUAUUUUGCUUCCCUUCUUAAAUUCUAAAUCUUAUAACGUAUAUUUCCGGCCGCUGGACGAAGCUAUUGGAUCAGUGAAAGAAGAGAGCAUCAUCGAUAACGUAAAAGAUUCCCGAAAUUUCAUUGUCAUCCUGUCUUCAGAUUACAUUAAUGACGAUAACGAUACGAUCUGGACUCGAAUCGAAUGGAAACAUGCUUGGAAUUGCUUCAAGGAAGAAAGUAAUGUAAGGAACAAAAUAAUAAUAAACUACGACCAUCUUAGGUCAAGCAUUUUUCCGACUGGUCCAUUCAAGGCUUAUUUACGCCUGGGCCUGGCUAUUGACUUUUCCAACAGAAAGCAUAAACUACUAGAAGAAGUUGAAGAACGCCUAGGGGUACCAAAUAAGAAUUAUUAUCGAAAACAGUUAGGCUUAAUGUCCUCCAAACCAAAAUUUUGCGCAAAAUUUUAUAACCAACACUUUUAUUCAGACGUCCCAGAUACAAAUGCUAAAUACAGCAAUGUAAAGAAUCCGUAUGUAGUCUCUGAAGACCAGGAGCAGCUUAGAAAUAAAGACCAUUCUGAGGAAGAUAAUGGAAUCCCUGGGGGAGUACAUAUACACUCGGAAAAUAACUUUGAACGCUUAGGAUUUUAUUCAAUGACUGGCUAUAAGACAUCGGAACUUGUACAUAUUGAUAUAGUUUAA